ACCCCUCUCCUCCUUUGAAUUCUGACCGUUCGAUGAUCACACGGAUAUCUACUACUACUACUAUUACUACAUCAAUUAACCUACUCUUAUAAAAAAACAAUCAACAUGUGGAACAAACGAAACAACGCACCUAGCACCAUCUUCACCUCUACUCGCAACAUGUCGCCUCGACAGAUGGCCACCAAAGCCUUUUCGCUUGCAUGCAAAAAGCUGGAUCGAGACGAAAAACGCCGUCGGCCAAGCUACCACAUCCGUGAGCGUGUCCUUUUGUACAAUACCAUGAACAAGGCAGACUCUGUCCUCAACAAGCGUCAGACUCGCACAAAUCGCCGAGUCAUGGCUGCCGAAGACGACGAAGUAGGCUAUGAUGAUCCUCCACAGAGCAACCACCACCAUCAACACUAUCCUCCACACCAUCAUUCGCCAUUAGCCCACAGCAACAUGGAUGAUGAAGAGGAUGAGGAACAACAACAACAAGAGGUUGUUUUACAACCUACUCACUGCUUGCUAGGCUCACGCGAUAUGUAA